AUGGCGCCCAUAACACUAAGCUCGGUUGAUAACGAAAUCAAGGAUAUUAUCCAACACCUGUUUGAAAUCCAGUCCGCUGUCCAUGGGUAUCUAGGCCCCGAGACGCAGCAAGAGCUUGUGAGGAAGAUAAAAAACUUAACAACCUCGCUCUCCACUCUCUCCGUACAUACCCGCGAUGACCCAAACGCAAAUGCAACACCCGGUUCCAAUGACAGCAGGGACCCACCAUUACAUUCGAUUGCGCUCCCGCCUGAAAUAAUUGACUACGUGGACGCCUCUCGGAAUCCGGACAUCUACACGCGAGAAUUCGUCGAGCUUGUGCAGCGCGGGAACCAGGAUCUCAAGGGAAAGAAGGAGGCCUUUACGAGCUUUAGGGAUGUUCUUGCGCGGGAGAUGCGAAGUGCAAUGCCGGAGGUUCGGGGCGAGGUUGAAAGGGCUAUCCAGGCUACUGGUGGGGAGCGGUGA